AUGCCGCCUGCGCCCACGCCUCGCCCUGGCAGCCCACAUAUCGCAGGCGGUGCGUCCGGCAUCCUCCUCGCCAGAAGGCAAGGAGAAGAAGGCAAGGAGAAGAAGGCAAGGAGAAGAAGGCAAGGAGAAGAAGGCAAGGAGAAGAAGGCAAGGAGAAGAAGGCAAGGAGAAGAAGGCAAGGAGAAGAAGGCAAGGAGAAGAAGGCAAGGAGAAGAAGGCAAGGAGAAGAAGGCAAGGAGAAGAAGGCAAGGAGAAGAAGGCAAGGAGAAGAAGGCAAGGAGAAGAAGGCAAGGAGAAGAAGGCAAGGAGAAGAAGGCAAGGAGAAGAAGGCAAGGAGAAGAAGGCAAGGAGAAGAAGGCAAGGAGAAGAAGGCAAGGAGAAGAAGGCAAGGAGAAGAAGGCAAGGAGAAGAAGGCAAGGAGAAGAAGGCAAGGAGAAGAAGGCAAGGAGAAGAAGGCAAGGAGAAGAAGGCAAGGAGAAGAAGGCAAGGAGAAGAAGGCAAGGAGAAGAAGGCAAGGAGAAGAAGGCAAGGAGAAGAAGGCAAGGAGAAGAAGGCAAGGAGAAGAAGGCAAGGAGAAGAAGGCAAGGAGAAGAAGGCAAGGAGAAGAAGGCAAGGAGAAGAAGGCAAGGAGAAGAAGGCAAGGAGAAGAAGGCAAGGAGAAGAAGGGAAAAGCAAGAAAGACAGUGA